CGCCAAUUGCUACCGGGAAACAGCAUCAUGGCCUCUCAGCGCAUUUUCCAGCUUGGUCUGCGACGCGCAGCUGCGCCUGGCUUGAGGGUGCAGCCUGCCGGGCGCAUGGUUCAGCGGAGACUCGCAGCGACCGAACACACCUCGCAGUCCCAAGCCGCCGAGCUUCUCGCAAAGCAACGUGUCCAACGUCCCGUCUCGCCCCACCUUGCCAUCUACAGGCCCCAGAUCAACUGGGUCUCGUCGUCGCUCAACCGUAUCUCUGGUCUUACCCUGGCUGGCCCCCUCUACAUUUUCGGCAUCGCAUACCUCAUCGCUCCCUACACCGGAUGGCACCUUGAGACACAGUCGAUGGUUGCAGCAGUUGCUGCGUGGCCCGUGGCAGCCAAGGCCGGCGUCAAGGUUUUCUUCGCAUUCCCCUUCUUCUUCCACUCCCUCCAAGGUCUGAGGCACUUGACGUGGGACCUGGGAUACGGAUUCAAAAACCAGACCUUUAUCCGCACUGGCUGGGCUGCAGUGGGCUUGUCGACCGCCAUGGGCUUGUACUACGCUUUCCUGGGUUAAGCGAGCAGAGGCCGGUUUUGAGGGUAAUCCUGGAAAUGAGGUGGAAGCAAGGGCUGAAGAUGGGUGCGAGGCGAAGAUGGAGGCACCAAGAAAUGUCGGGGAGCGACAAUGGGGGCACACUUGGAGAAGAUGGCGAGGGCGCCAAUCUGUAUUAUGUGUAUUUGAAUGAAACAUUGCAUCCAAUUACGGACAGAGCUGGGCUUCUGUUGAUGUUCAGUCAUGGAUAGCAAGUAACGUAUCUGUAUUGCACUUCCAAGAUUGCACCAGUGUAGUGUCCCAAAUAGAGUGGGUAGAGGGGCUC